UUGGUGCUCCGGAAGUAAAAUAGAGGUGCAGCUAGCUAAAUGAACCAGAGAAAGAAGAGCUACUUUGCUGCUUGAAAAGAAUUUAAACUUCCUCUUCUAAUAAUUGAGCUCAAUAUUGACUCGAAAACACAUAUCUGUACUUAUGGCGAGCACGCUGGAUUUCAGGACACAUGCCGACCAGUCAUGCAGAUAUUCCGAAGAAUUUGUCAACAUUUACUACGACUGCAUGGAUAAGAAAAGGAGGAAUCUGACCAGGCUCUAUCUAGACAAGGCGACCUUGGUGUGGAACGGGAAUGCCGUGUCCGGACAGGAUGCUCUCGGGGAGUUUUUUGAAUCGCUGCCAUCAAGCGAGUUCCAAGUUCACACGUUGGAUUGUCAGCCUGUUCAUGAACAAGCAACCCAAGGCCAGACUACACUGCUUGUGGUGACUGGCGGUACAGUCAAGUUUGAAGGAAACAAACAGCGCUUCUUCAACCAGAACUUUCUUCUAACAGCUCAGGCAUCACCCAACAACGACCAGCCCGUCUGGAAGAUUGCUAGUGACUGUUUCCGAUUUCAAGACUGGAAUAGUUGAAGAUAAAGCCGUUUUUGUACGUUCUGUGUGUUCUUUUUUGUAAUAAAUCAAGUCAAACAACA